ACACAACANGUUGCUAUAAUAACCCUCCAGGAACAUGAAAAGGGAAAAGUUCUCCUUCGGUUGGCUCACCUAUAUGAGACUGGAGAGGACAAAGACUACUCUGUAAUGACAAGUGUGGAGUUAAAGAAGCUGUUUCCAAACAAGAAGAUAAGUAAAGUGACAGAGAUGAACCUGUCUGCGAAUCAAGAAAGAUCCAUGAUGGAGAAGAGAAAGUUAGCCUGGAAAGUACAGGGCUCUGCGGAAGCAGAAAAAAAGGUGGUGAGAGGAGGACCUGUUGAUCCUGCAAAGCUGGUGGUGGAACUUGCUCCUAUGGAAAUCAGAACUUUCUUAAUUGACUUUGAUUACUUGAAAAUGUUUGGUUCCUGAAAGAGAAGUGCAUGAUAGAGACAAACUGAGUGAGAUACUGAGAUGCCUUGAAAGCUUCCCUUUUGUACGUGUUUUUGUAAUUAGGCUGAAAUGCAUUGUAGUCUACGGCUGAUAUCAAUAAAAACGUAGGAAUAAAUUCCGGUCCUGUUUAGGAAA